UGUACUUUCGGCGAAUUGGAGACCAGUUUGUCUUUUCUUAUGAAAAUAAGGACUUGGAAACACGAGAUGAAGCUUUGAAUUUCUGCUUACAAGCAAAAGGACAUCAGCUAAUGAAUCUACAGAACACCAAAGGAGACAAUUUAAAUGCCCUGGGGAGCUUGUUGAAGGACAACAGAGUGAAUGAAGCCGUUGUUGGACUGCAAAAUAGGAACCAAUCGGAUUGCUAUAAUAGCGAUUGUGAUGGAGUCUUAAUCUGGGACGAUGGAACGUCAUUUAUUUAUGAUCCUCUCAGCAUCGAAGUUGAGGCAGACUCGAAUGAUCUGUGCUUCUUCUUGAAAGAAGGCGAUAAUCGUCUCAGGUCAAUGGAAUGCAAUAAACUCAAGGAUGGAGCAUUUAUUUGCGAACUUGUUUGUUCAGGAAAUUGGACUUACCAAGUGAACACCUGUGGCUCUGAAGUCGUUCCAAUUGAGUUUUCUGAAGUGGGCAACAAAUACUACCAAUUGAUGAGCAAUCGAGGCUCUCACUGGCCAGAUUCACAGAGGAAGUGUACCAUUCAAGGGACCACUUUACCAAUUCUUGAAACGCCUGAGGACGUCAAUGCCUUAAGCAACGUGGCUAGAUUUCUAACAGAUAAGGAAGUUCCUUUGGGUCUGAGGGGUCAAACUGCCGUUCCUUGUCAAGGCGAUGCUUGCAUUGGAAAAUUGAUUUGGGAAAAUGGAGAGACUUUUCAAAACCUAGCAAAUUUUUCCUCCGUAUCAUUUUCUCAUGGAAUGUUGAGCCCGCCACCAGAAAUGGGACUAAAGCUUAAUCGUCAUGGAGCUUUGACGCUAAUGCGAUAUGAUGUUGACAAUUUCGUUUGCGAAUUUAGGUGCAACAUCAUAUCCACAACAACAUCCACAACUACAUCCACAACUACAUCCACAACAACAGUCAUAACAAUAUCCACAUUAAUACUCACAACGACACCUACAGCAACUACAGGAACAAUAAUGGAAUUUGGAUCGGCUUCGACCUCAGUUAUGGAAUCCACAACCAAGACAAAACCUUCAACACCGCCUAGUGAAGUAAGGGAUUCUCGUUGGAUGACCGUCGACCUGCCUGAAGCAUUAGUUUCAAAUUUUAAAGAAUGGAUUGCAAUCGACAACAAUGGAAAGGGUUGUCAGGCAGUUUGCCAAAAAGCAUGCGUGAUUGGGAUCACUCUAUGUUUUGCCAUGGAGCAAGAUACUCCUACCAGUAACGGCGAUAAUUUGAAGCAAUGUGUUUGCCGAAUGACAUCAAUUCGACGAUUUCCGGGCCAGAUUUGUGGUCCUCAAAUGAUUGGUUGCCUUCGAAAACCCAAUCCGACCAAUCCCAAGGCAAAACCUCCCAUCGGCAUUUGGGUUGAUGGACUGAACACCGAAACUGGGCAAAAUCCAUGAUUCUGAAGGAAAAGACAAGAUUUCUCGACACUACUUAGAACAUCUAACCUUUUCAAUGCUUUUAUGAAUUACACCAAAAAUUCGA